UUUUCGGCGUCUUCGACGGUUUGAGUGGUUACUUGGUGCACUUGAGUGGGCGUCCUAGUCGUGUCGGUGUUGAAGCAGCCAUGUGGAGCAACAGCGCGCCUCUGCUCCUCUACUGCCUGGCGCUCACGGCUCUGUGGAGAACCAGAACGGUAAACGCCGAUGCCACAUCUGAUGCCUUCAAAACCAACAUCACCCUGUUUACGCGCAUCCUAGACAGUCUGCUGGAUGGUUACGAUAACCGUCUACGCCCUGGUCUUGGAGACAGGGUAACUGAGGUGAAGACAAACAUCUACGUCACCAGCUUUGGACCUGUUUCUGACACAGACAUGGAGUAUACCAUAGAUGUUUUCUUCAGGCAAAGCUGGAAGGAUGAGAGAUUAAAAUUUCAUGGACCAAUGAAUAUUUUGCCUCUUAACAACCUGAUGGCGAGUAAAAUCUGGACCCCGGAUACCUUCUUCCAUAAUGGGAAAAAGUCGGUGGCUCAUAACAUGACGAUGCCUAAUAAAUUGCUGAGGAUCAAAGAUGACGGGACAUUGCUCUACACCAUGAGGUUAACCGUGCACGCAGAGUGCCCAAUGCAUUUGGAGGAUUUCCCCAUGGACUUUCACUCCUGUCCACUUAAAUUUGGCAGCUAUGCCUACACAAUCUCAGAAGUGACUUAUGCUUGGACUCUCAAUGCCUCUGAUUCUGUGGUAGUGGAAGGAGAAAGCUCCCGCUUGAACCAGUAUGACUUACUUGGCCAAACAGUGGGACAGGAAACAAUUAAAUCCAGCACAGGUGAAUACACCGUGAUGACAGCUCAUUUCCAUCUGAAGAGGAAGAUUGGCUAUUUUGUCAUCCAGACAUACCUCCCGUGCAUCAUGACUGUCAUUCUCUCCCAAGUGUCUUUCUGGCUGAAUAGAGAAUCAGUACCAGCAAGGACUGUAUUUGGUGUAACCACUGUGCUCACGAUGACAACACUGAGUAUAAGCGCUCGCAACUCCCUCCCCAAGGUCGCGUACGCCACCGCCAUGGACUGGUUCAUUGCUGUCUGCUACGCUUUUGUCUUCUCCGCUUUGAUUGAGUUUGCCACUGUCAAUUACUUCACCAAGCGCGGCUGGGCCUGGGAUGGAAAGAGCGUGGUGACUGACAAGAAAAAGGAGCGGGCGUCCGUCAUCAAGAAGAACAACGCCUACGCUGUAGCAGUGGCCAAUUACGCGCCGAAUAUCACCAAGGACUCCAGCACGCUCCCGACCAUCGCCAAAGGAGGCUCUUCGGAACCCAACAAGGCCAAAGCAGACGGCAAAGCCCAGGAGAGCAAGAAAACGUUCAAUAGCGUUAGCAAAAUUGACAGGAUGUCAAGGAUUUUGUUUCCAGUCCUCUUUGGCUCCUUCAACCUCGUUUACUGGGCCACGUACUUAAACAGAGAACCCGUCAUCAAGGACAUGGUGCCCUCCACCUAAGAGGCCAGCUUUAUGGAGUUCUGGUCUGAGGACUGAGAACCAAAUACCUCCAGCAACUGUGUGUACAUACUUUUGCAGAGUGACGUCCUGGAUUGCAGCGUUGAUCCUCUAUCUCCGCCUAUUUUCUACACCGUCUGCAGCACUUUUGACAACUCUGGCUUUUGUAAAUGUGUAUGUCUAUUUAUAUUCAAUGUUUCAUUGUGUGAUGACUUCAAUUAGAAUAUGUUUCCGGUGUAAGUAUGUGACCACUGUACAUACGGUAUCAAUAUAGACACUGACUUUCAUUUGAAUUGACUUCUGAAUACUUUGAAUUUCGUUGUAGUGUCCAUUCACUUGGUGUUUCUAUAUAUGCUUUGGAGUGAAAGGGAUUUGAUUUUCUUUUGCCAUUUCAAAGUGGCCUCACGUUUUCCCGUCCAAGCCAAUGCAAAAACCCCCUUGUAUAGUAUUGUUCAAGAAUAAAAGUUUUAAUAGCUGUGACUAUGGGUAUGGGGCUCCCAAUCACCGAUCAAAACAUACUCAAUGUGUUCAAGGCUAGAAGAUUGAAAUCAUAUUAUAGAUUAUGUUAGGUAGCAUGUACGUCUGUAUCCCUGCAUCCCUCCAUAUUCAACAAUCACAAAUUUGCAGAUUUUUGAUCAAAACAUUUUUUGGAAUUGUGAGAAACCCGAAUUUUUGUGCUACAUUGGUAAAGGCUGCGAUGCACAGGAAGUGGUCAGCGGCAAACAAUGAAUUUCCACCCUAACACGUUACAAACCAACAGGAGCUUAUCGACCUCACUCACAGUUCAACCAAAAAUAACACAAGCAACACGUGUGGAACACACAAUGUAACUGUACCACACUUAACACUUGCACACUAAUAUACUGUACAUGCAAAACAAUACGAUUUUAUACUUAUUUAUAACCCUCUAGCAUGCUGAGAAGCCCAUGCGCCCACUUCCCCAACGGGGAGUUACCCAGCAUCUGUUCAGGGUUAUAAAUUAGUAAACAACAGUAUUAUUUUGCAUGUAUGUUAGUGUGUAAGGCUAACUUAAAAACACACCUGUUCUGCACUGCUUUUAACUUCUAAUUCUAAAACUUACAUAUUUAAUAAUACUUCACAUGACAACUUUUCAUCUUGCCUUUGUAUGCACUUUUUUGCUGCAUUUAUUCUGAACUCAACAGUUGUUUUUUAGUUUUACUCUUGUUUGCUAUUUUGCACACUCAUAUUUGUUUGCUUGUAACGCAUUUGAGUUUUUGAAAAGCGUUUUAUAAAUGUAUCAUUAUAAGCAUUUAUUGUGAUACCGGUAUAGCCCGUGUGGUACAGUUGUUGUGUUAUUGUUGGUUGCACCGUGAGAGGGGCAGGUGUCUAUAUAAUAUAUGAUAUGAUAUAAUGUACAGUAGCACCAUAGACAUAGCCCAGGGUUGAUAAGAGUGUCAAAAAUAGACAUUUUUAUGCGCGUCCCAAUUACUCGCAUCUUCGUUUUCGCUCAUCUGUGACCGCAACCCCCCCCCCCCGGCAAAUAGCGGGAAUCUACGGUUAACUACAGGUUGUUGACUUUUCAUUCAUUUUGAUGCAUUUCUACAGGUGGUCACUAGGGGGCGGAAAAAAACAUGAACAACAGCUGAUUGGGAAAAAAAAAAACUAUUUGAUUUGAUAUUUUUCACACCCUGUGUCUUUGCUUUGAGGAAGUUGUGCGACUAAACCAUAACAUUGAAACACUGCAUUUGUAACAUUCUUGUUCAAUUAUGUAUUCCCUACGUAGAUCGUUUUGAUUCAUUGUUGAAGUUUCAAGUUCAAAUAGUUCCCUCGUGAACUAUUUUUUGUCACAAUCCGUUGCUGGUGUUAAAGUGAGAGGCUACUGCAGUAUUGAUUAAUUGUGUCGUGUGAAACACUUCAUCUGACAUCUCAGAGGGGAUGAAACACCCUCAGCCCCAUAUCUGGAGUCACACAUCAGAAUAUUCUGCUUUACCUAUCAGUUUGAUCCUUUUUGAUUUUGGUUUGUUUAAUCAAAACGUUGCAUGACGUGCAAAUCUUGCUUGCUUUCAUUUCCGAUCUUGCCCAGUUUUUACACAUGUUCUUAAACAUUCCAGAUAAGAAUGAUUGUUCACAAUGUGGAUGCUUGAUUCAGUGCACACUUUCUAAUAAAACACAUCACAUGGACCUGCGUUAUUUGGUUCUCAACUAACGAUGACCUUUUUAUAUGUCCAUCUAUAAGCUUGAACAUAAUGCCUUUGGAAAUAAUGGAAGGCAGAAUCAAUCAUAACCAUGCAGUCAUAUUUAACAUCAACAUGUUUACCUGUCAUACAAGUGUAAAAAGAAGUUCAG